CAGCACAACGAUCAACAUGAACUCUCUCACUUUCGUGUGCCUAACGGCCCUGGUGGCGGUGGCCGCCGCCUCCGGAUACUACGGAUACGGAAACGCCAUCUCCGGAUCCCACAGCAACCAGUACGGCGGAUACGGACACGGCGUCACAAAGACCAUCGUCAAGGGAUACGGACUGGGCGGAUACGGAGCCGGCUAUGGAGCCGGAUACGGCGGAUACGGCGCCGGAUACGGAUACGGCGGCUACGGCCUGGGUCUGGCCCGCGGAUACGGAGGAUACGGCCUCGGCGGCUACGGAGGAUACGGUCUCGGCCUGGCCCGCGGCUACGGAUACGGACACGGAUACGGAAACGCCAUCUCCGGAUCCCACAGCAACCAGUACGGCGGAUACGGGCACGGUAUCACCAAGACUAUCGUUAAGGGCUACGGCACUGGCUACGGCGCUGGCUACGGCGCUGGCUACGGCGGAUACGGCUACGGCGCCGGUCUUGCCCGCGGAUACGGCAGCGGACUCGGCCUCGGAUACGGAUUCGCCCGCGGCGGAUACGGCCUGGUGGGAACCGGAUACGGAUACGGCCAUUAAGGCUUUACCUACUUCUAGGAAUUUUCAUUGUUAGGGUUAGCAAUUCUCUCAUGAUUAUGUUCCGUUCCUUUUAGCCACAGCUGCUAGUGUUAUUUAUUGAAUAAAUGAAUGACCAAUA